AAGCUGGAGGGGAAGUUGAUAGGGGAGAAGGGCCAUGGUACAGUGUACCGCAUAGUCUUGGUUUAAUCGUUUGAUAGAAAGCGGAGGGUUUUUAUUUUUUUAAUAAGUAGAGGCCUGGAAUUGAAAGGACUUCAGUAUAGUCAAGACAAGAAGGCUUGUUAUGUAAUCGAAAGCAAUUUAAUUUGUCAGCCUGGCUGUGUCGCAUUAUGUCUAGUAGACUAUCCCCUGCGCCUCCAUUUCUUGGCAUGUUGGGUGUUGUCCCGUACCCCUGCAUGUAAUGUACGGAGGUAGAUUAUGCCCCCGGUGCUAUGUCUUCGGUGCCAGCCCCUCUAUUGGACUGGUUCUAUCCUCAAUCACUGGGACAGUUUUGAGCCAAUCGUUGAUCCUGUAACUUUUAACUACAUCUGCUGCUAGCUGGGGCAUAAAACUAUAGUGGUGGUUCACCUGUGCUACUAAAGUUGCAUUGUUGCAAGUUGCUCUGCGAUUUUAGCCCAAAACAAUUGUCCCCUACUAAUCUCUUGUCUCUUUAUUGCAGGCUUUCCAGGUGAGAAGGUCUGGAUUACUGAAUGCUGAAGUCUUAAAGCCUACUGGAGAGUGCUAAGUGUCAGGCUGUGUAAUACUUAAAGCUGCACCUUUUCCUCUCCAUAGUUUAUUACGUCUGAGAUUUGUCUUUGUCACCUGUUUGGCAUUUUACACCCAUGAUGCUUUGCUUCCGUCGUAUUUUUAUUACUUCUGUGCGCCACUAUUCAACACGAAAGCAGGGGACUGAUGCAGGCAGAUGGGGAGAAAGUCUCCGGGACAAUAUGGGUGCUGCUGGAACCUGGGAUUCGAUUUACAACUGCUGUUCUCCUAAUGGGUCAUUGCACUUUGACUGGUUCUUUGGUUACAAUCAUAUGAGAAGUUUUCUGCAUUCACUUAUUUGUGAUUUGGCCCCCCAGAAUUACACGGGGCUCCCAUUACAUCUAAUUGACCUUGGCUGUGGAACGUCAGAUGUUGGAUUGGGCCUUUUCUGUGAUUCACCUGUUCCUGUGUUGGUGUCCUGCAUUGAUCGCUCUGCUCCUGCAAUCUUUGCAAUGAACAAUAUUCUUACAAAGGGACCCCCUAUAACACCCAGACACCCUGACUCUUGUGUGCAAUUUAUUGAAGGGGAUGCUACAGAUUUGCAUGACUUUCCAUCAGCAAGUGUAUCACUAGUUUUGGAUAAAGGCACCUCAGACUCUCUGCUGAGAUCAAGUAGGAUGGAGGCACAUAAAAUGGUGAAGGAAGCACUGAGAGUUCUCCACCCUAAAGGUAAAUUGGUGCAACUGACAGAUGAAGACCCUGAUGCUAGGCUACACUUCUUAGAAGAAGCCGGAGCAGGACCAGAAGUGACAUUUCAUAAUUUAGGGGACAGCGAUGGUAUUUUUUACUACGCUUACAUUGUGACUCCAUCUUCAUGUUCGGAAUGACAAGAAACCCUAUAGAGCGCCCAAUGCACUUUUUAUAUUUGUUAGUAAUAGUUAGUUAUGCCACAAAGUAUAAACAUCUACUUUCAGGUUUGAAAGAAACAAUACAAAUAAGAAAACUGGUGAAAACAGAAUACAGGUAUUAUGCAUUCUAAAAUCAAAGCUGCCAUAUUGGCCUUAGGCUAAAUACUACUGAGUGUACAUAUUGCACUUACUGCUUAUGUGCACAUUGCCCCACUGUCAGGAAAUCUCUAAAUCUGUCUCAGUAGUGGAUAACUCAAGAGUGCUAGGUGUCAACAGCCCAAAUCAUUAUUUUUUUCAAUAAUUUGAAUUGCAGUUUAAUUAGUUCAUGUGUAAUUUACAAAUACUUCUUUUCAUUAUAUUCAGACUGUAUGUUUAAAAAUGGGCAUGGAGAUAAAUAUGACCCUGUAACGAUACUGGGAAAUGGGAGUUUGGACCUAAGCAUCAAUGUCCCACAAUAAUAUAACAUUUGUUAUGUAACCUAACUGUCAAAUGGUAAAACCUAUGCAUGUUACUGUCAGCUUAUGUUUAUAUAACUCUUUAGUGAUGUGUUUGCUGAUCUGAAACCCGCAGGCAACAAAACCAGCAACAAAAUUUGCCACACAUCACCAGGCUUUGCCACUUUAAAAUCGGCUUAAUUUCUUUACAUGUCUUUUCUUGGAGCAAUUUCUUCUGUAACAUACACAAGGUCUGAAGCGCCAUAAAAUAAUGGUGUCCAUUCUGGCGUAUUUUAAACAACUUUAUAAUAAAUAGGCCCCUUAGUUUAAAUGCAAAAGUGAGCAGCUAGGCAGCAUUAGGAGAAUGAUGUCAUCUGAGAAAUCCUGUCACUUGCUGCCAGGUUAGCCAUUAAUUCAGUAACUGGAACCACUGCUCCCCUUUGGCCCCACCCACUGACAUCACUAGACUCCUCCUCUGCUCCCAAAAAAACGAUAAGAACCAGAGGCGCACACAGAGCAGGAAGUCAGGGAUUUGGUGUGGGUCCUAAAAUGGCAACAUUUUGUGGGUUAGGGUCGGUUGUAAAUUAAGGUUUUGCAGGUUAUGGUUGUGUGUGGGUUGAUUUAUUCCAGACCUGCAACAUUAUAACUUAUAUGUUAUAUAUAUUAUUUGUGUGCAAAUAAAACACUUAAGCAGGCCAUAAACAUAGCAAUUUUCCUUAACCAUCAGUUUCAGUGCGAUCCAACAAAAUCGUCAAAAAUAAGGUUAAUUUCAUAACUGCACAUGUGGGGCGGAGCUUCCAUGACAAAAUGAUGACAGGUGUCAGAGAUUGCAUAUACCGUUUAUUGUUUGCUAUGAACAUUCAUUUAAGUAAAUUACAGCAGUAUAUUUAUAUAUAGUGGCCCAAAAUAAAAAUGAAUCACAACAAUAUAACAUUAAAAAAAUUUAAACUUU